AUGGGCUCUGUUCCCCUACCAUUCGUUACCCUCCCACAUCAUCCACGGCCGUCUCCUCCUGAACACCCGGGAUCAAGGCUUCUGAACGAGCUCCCAAGUUCGCUGUUGCCGCUGAGCGAGCUCCAGAUCGAUCAAAUAGUGCAGUAUCUUGAGUCCACCGAUGGUGGGACCACAUGUUGCGACGAUUCGAACAAUGUCUUCGUUUCCAAAGACCUCAAAAUAGGCCAGCCGCGACCAUGGCUGCAGGCAGAACGCGGCGAAACUCACAAGGCAGACACCAAGCUCUCGACCGAGCAGUUUGUGAAGGAUAUCCAGCGUGCCGCCUUCCAAUUUGUCAAAUACGACGUUCGCAUUGAAGAGAGAAUCCGAGUUCCCCGCAACUAUAUCAAAAUUGCUGGCGUGCGACGGCAGUUCUAUCCGUUCCAGCUAUAUGGAGCGUUCUGGAUGUUACUGAAGAUCAGAGGCCACUGCCGUGGGGCCCUCCUCGCAGAUUACAUGGGCUUAGGAAAGACCACGACCACCUUUCUCUUCAUCCUUUUCGAAUACCUUCUCGUUGAGAAUGAGCGGCACAUUCAAACGCACCCCGAUCAGCAUUGUGGCUCAGGAGUAAAAAGCUGCCCGUCUGCUCAUCUAUGGCCCAUCGUUUGCGCCUGUGAACUCGGAGGAGUCACCCGAAAGCUCAAACUUACCCCACGUCCUGGAGGAACCAUUGUUUUUGUCCCAUAUAGCCUGCUGGGGAACUGGGACUCGGAAUGGACGGCAUUUGGCGUCGAGAACACCAAGGGGAUGAGGCUGUGCCUGCAUGUCCACCACCGCGAAUUCGCCCGAAACCGCGUACCUUGGGUAUACAGGUACCACCUCUCACUUGAGGUCGACUGUGGCGAGAGCCCUGACGCAACAAUGACGCUGAAUUCUACGUCCAGAGCGCAUGAUAUGAUCCUGCUCACAACAGCUGGUAGCUAUCCACAACAUGUCCUGCGAUACUUCCAGCGGGAACGGCCUGUCAGGCUUGUCGGUGGUCAUACGGUAUCGGCCGAUGAUUGCAAUGAUGGGCUGGCUUGGGCUCGCGUUAUCGUUGACGAGGUCCACCUCUUCGGCGGGAACGCUGCUUUUUACAAGAUUUUGCGGAGUUUGUCGAGCAAUGGCUGGGUGAGGCCAAAUAUCAUAGCACUGUCAGCCACGCCGAGGGCUCGGAACGGCGUGUCAGACAUGCUGCCAGUCGUGCGAGCCAUCAAUGCCGUGUCCCCAGACAUUGCUAUGGAUCCUGAUUUCCGACAUUUUUCGUCGGAUGCGGCUCUCGCGAAUCUCGACCAACAACAACAGCGUCUUUUCAAAGGCGAACUCGGCCCGCUCGAAGUGUCACACCAUGUGCAGCGAGUCGCUGCUCUCGAGGUCGCGUACAUGAUUCAACGCCGUGACGACACUGUCCAAGACGAUAAGCCAUUAGCCACUCUGCCACCGCUGUGUUGCCUCGACAUCCGAUGUCCCUCUGCUAUCGACAGCCAUCUUACCGACGAGACGAUGGUGGACGACGUGCUGGAACGACUCUUGUCAGCGGACCUCUCACGACCCAUUGUACCCCAGGCCGCGCUUGACUUCGACCAGGAAGAACGCCCACUCCGGCCUCGUGCUCUCGCUACGGUUCCUGGGCUGGCACGACUUCCCGGCAUAAGUGGAGAGGUGCUUACUUUUGACUACAUUCUCGAGCAGGACUGGCAUCUAGCACCCGAGACGAGUCUCUAUUUUCGAUAUUUCGAUGAGCUUUUUGCCAGCAGUAGUAAGCUGCAGAGUCUACGGGACAUCAUCCUUCGGCUGGAUAAAGAUGCCAGUGGAGAACCGGAGAAACUGGUUGUCAUCAGCCACUUGCCUGUCACUUGUCUCUGUGUUGUUGUGUUGUGCAUACAUCUCGGCAUAGGGUGGCGCUGGAUGACUCGAGUCCGCCCCGGCGAUCGUAAUGACCUGGUCAACGAGUUUCAGGCACAAGGUUCAGUCGAGGAUGAGGAUGGAGCCAAGCCGGAGAGUCGGACCUUUCGCGUCCUCAUCGGUACAGCGAGGAUCAUGGCACAGGGCCUAACGCUACACAAGGCCAACCGUCUUGUUCUCAUGGAGCCUAGCUAUUCGGUCACAGUGGAGGAGCAAGCAUCUAAACGGGUCCACCGGAUUGGCAGCCGCAGUGAUCGGUGCUGGUUUUACCGCCUAGUGAAUCCAGACUCUCGGCUAGAGAUGGGUAUACUCAAAGCGCAAGCGAGGGAGCUAAGCUUCGAAGAGAAUGUUCGAAGGUCUCAUCGCCAGCGUUAA